AUGCGCGUACUCGCUAGUCUUCCUCUUCUGGCCAUGGCUGCCCUCCAAGUCGCCGCUGGCGACUUUUCGGCGACAUGCUCUGGCACGUCCUACUUCUCUACCAGCGUCAAGUCCUACUGCAUGGACAAAUACCAGGAGGAUUCCUACUCGACCGACUUGGAUAUGACCAAGUGCCUGGCCAAUGUCGGAGGCAGGAUUGUCUGCCGUCCUUCCAACCCAUCGUUCAAGUUCUGCGACUGUGGUCUUGGCGGCGACAAGAAGCAGAUCUUGAACUGCCGCUGCACUGAUUCCACCGGAGCGAAGAGACCUUCGUCCCUGAACCUGGACACGUGCCUGAGCAACAUUAACGGAGACCUCAAGUGCUAG